GCUUGGAGAGGAAGGGCUGGGGGAGAUCUCAUCCUCCUCCUUAGGUGAUGGAGUAACAGGGAAAUACGAGACAACACAAUGAAGGUCAAUAAUACCUUGGCGAAGGCGCUAUACGACAACAAGGCAGAGUGCUCAGAUGAGCUGGCCUUCCGCAAAGGAGACAUCCUGACGGUUCUGGACCAAAACGUCAUUGGCAGCGAGGGCUGGUGGAAAUGCUCCCUCCACGGCAGGCAGGGCCUGGCCCCCGCUAACCGCCUCCAGCUCCUCGCUGCCUCUCAGGCUGUCCUGCUGCCUCCUUCCACGCGGAGCGACUCCGCAGAGUCGCCAGCAGGCCAACAAAACAUCUACCAGGUUCCUUCCGUCCCCAAGCCUACCGUGUUGUCAUCUACCUAUGAGAAGAUGGAGGGGUGGGUUAAAUCUCCAGCUAGGGUCUCUACUCUACCUGCCCAAGUAAUAUAUCAGGUACCAGCCUUGGCGGCACAGCUGCUCAGUGAAAGGACCCAAAGCUCAACAAAUCAGCACCUGCUUACUCUCCCGAGAGCAUGCCGGGCUUCAGUCCCAAAUAUCAGGAGUGAGGUGUACGAUGUUCCAUCCACACAGCGCCGGGAGUCCUUACUCACGCAGAGCGGUGCCACUCCACCCACCGCACGAAAGGGCUCUGUGCUGGUCAGAUCCACCGAGUGUUUCCAGGAAGAGCAGAAGCAGCUUUACAACAUCCCGUCCAGCCCAGAAAAGGCAGGAGCUGUUAUCCAGAAAGACUCACCAGUGGGCAAUUUAUACGAUGUCCCUCCCAAAAGAGAAACUGAUGUUUCAGAAAAUGAAUCUCAGAAAAAGUGCUGGGGCCAUUACAAUACCUUGCCAAAUCCUCGGAAGUCAGAAUGGAUUUAUGAUAUUCCAGUAUCACCAGAAAAAACAGGAUUAAAACAAAACCCUUCUGGCCAUUCCUUGGAGAACCAGGUGCUGUACGAUAUACCACCAGCCAGGUACAAGGGGCUAAUAACAAAUACUGAAGCCAAAGUUGUAAAUCCACAAUUAUAUGAUAUUCCACCAACACAACGGAAAUUAACGUUUCCAGAUAUCCAUCUUUAUGAUGUUCCAUCCUCACGGGAUGUGCUCCUUUUGCCACAAAACGGUAGCUGUGAUGUACCCCCAAGUCUCCUGGCUCCGAAGGCUGAGAAUCAGAUCUCUGAAGAGAAUGUUUAUGAUAUUCCAAAAGGUUUGCCCACCGCUGUGCAGUCCAAGAAAGAGAUGGAAAAAAACAGCGAUAGUUCUGGAGACCAAGCAUACAGUGCUCCUCCACAGCUCUCAAGAGAUGCCAAAUUAGAACAAGACAGAUUAUCUGUUUCUAGUGUGGACAGCAGAAGUAGCACACUCUCUACAUCCUCAAACUCUUCUGCUGAGUCUUUUUCUAUGUCAUCAUCAGAAGAGCCUGCCAAAGAAAUGAAACUGGACCUUGACGUAGCCAUAGAGACAGUGACUAGAUUGCAGCACAGUGUAUCCAGCUCGGUUGCAAGCUUAAUGAUCUUUGUGAGUAGUAAAUGGAGAUUACAAGAACACCUAGAGAAAAGCAUUGAAGAAAUCCAUAGAGCAGUCGAUCACAUAAAAGUAUCACUGGGAGAAUUCUUGGCCUUUGCUCAAGUCGUAAAGGUAAAUGCCUCUUACCUCACUGAUAAUAACCUUCAGACCAGAAUUAAAAAACAGCUAGAAAUUCUUACGAACUCAUUCAAAAUUUUAACAGAAACAAGAGAAGCUCUAAACAACUGCAACUGGUCACUAGAGGCUUUGGUCCUCAGGAAACCUCAGAACAACCCAGAUGAUCUUGAUCGCUUUGUUAUGGUAGCCCGCACGAUUCCAGAUGAUAUCAAGAGGUUUGUAUCCAUCAUCAUUGCCAAUGGAAAGCUUCUCUUCAGAAAGAAUGAGAUGGAACAAGAAAUGAAGCAAUCAAAAGUGAACCCGGAAUACAAAAUGGCAAAACAAAUCACAGUGCCAAGAAGAAUAGAAAUAGAUUCACUUCAAAGAAAUACUCCUGAUAAACCCAACCAAAGCCGGGUGUCUUCUGAGAAACCAAAAGAAAAUGCCACUGAGGACUGUGAUUAUGUUCAGUUACAGGCACAGAAAAUCAUUUCAGGUAAAGAAGUAGCAAAGAAGAGUACAGAUUCAAAACCAAAGGUUUUGCCAUCUGCAAAAAAGACUGCAAUUCAAAGCAAGCAGGACUCUGCGAAGAAAAUUGCUCUCCCAGAACACUGUAAGCUGUGUUUCAGUGCGCUUCACAAGGCAAUUGGUGUAUUUACUAAUAGUCUGAGCAACAACCAGCCACCCGAAGUCUUCAUAUCCCAUAGCAAAUUGAUCAUUAUGGUGGGACAAAAGUUAGUGGAUUCUCUGUGCCAGGAAACUCAAGAAAGAGAUGCUCGGAAUGACGUUCUCCACAGCAGCAGCCGGUUUUGCAGCCUCUUGAAGAAUCUGGCUCUCGCCACCAAAAAUGCUGCAAUACAAUAUCCAAACGCAGAUGCCGUGAGGGAACUUCAGGAUCAAACUGAGGAGCUGUCUAAGUACACACAGCAGUUUAGAGCAAUGAUGGAAUGAAAGACACUUUGCUGAUUUUACAAAUUCUCCAUUGUUGUUGCUCCUUUGGCACGUGGCAGCCAAGGGGGGCAGAAGCAGCUCAGUGACACCAACUUUCAGCCACCUCUAAGAACUCCUGCCGGGCAGUUCCCUGGGUGCUGGUGCACUUUCAGCAGGUGAAGAUCCAUACAACAGCAGAUGCAGAAGAGGAUUUGUAGAAUUAAAUCUGUACUUUCUUCUCCAUUGUUCAGAUCCUGCCUGGAAAUGUCAUCAUCUUAGUGGCUGGGCAGGAAUGUUUGCUGUGUAUUAGAGCAAAAUUAUUUUAUUAUCUGGAUGAUUUCUUAUUUUUUAAUUUCUACAUAUAGGUCAGAUAAAUGUAUUUUCCUUUUUUUUUUUUUUUUUUCCUAUUCGGGUAUGUAAAGUCUCUCUUUAAAUUUUGCUGCACAAUGUUCUGUAACUUAUGAUAUCCCAUCAUCAAUUGUUUCCUGAGGACUUUACUCAAAAUUUGUAAUUUUUUUUUUUUUAAACAGCUGCAAAACUAAUUUUUGGUUUUAAUAUACAAAUGUAAUGAAUGUAUUAUGGGACAAAAUCUGGCAGGUACUACACGUAGCCUAGAUGUUAAUGGGAAAUGCUCCAGCUGGUUAUCUGAGCACAGAGGAAGACUGACUUGGAGGAGUCCUGGCUCCUGAUAAAUCUACGGGGAGCGUGCCUCAGUCAUCCUCUGUUGCAGCCUGAAGCUGUUCAGAGCAUUGGUGCAACGGAAACAAUUUAUUUUAGUUGCUAAAUGCGCAGAGACUUUGGACAAGCUCUUGCUACAACCUGGAAAGGUGACGUUAUUUCUUGCUGGGCACCCAGAGGACCCGUGCUGGCGAGGCUGCCCAGGGGUUCUCAGACCGGCCCUCGCGGCGUUGGUCUGUGUAGCUCGUUAACUUUAUCCCCAAAUUUGCUGGAUCUGAAAUACAACAACGAUGGAGGCCCUGUAACCGCGCAGGUAGACUGUUUGUACGCCUGUGUUAUUUGUAUUUUUCCUGAUUAAUUUAUUUUAAAGUUUUUAUCUGAAAUUUCAAAGCCUGGCCUUUCUUGGCAAUGUUGUACCUGUGUCUUUGCCCUGAAAACGGACAAUUAGUUUUGUGAGUGGUUACAGCUAAUUCGCACUGCACCAGUGCACGCGCUCCAGCUGUCUGUGGAAAAACCAGCUCCCUCAUUUUAUUUUCACUCGGCAGUCACCAUGUUUUAUACCGUUAUUUAAACGUCGACAUUUGUAAAUAUUACUGUUUGCACAGUCAAAUGCAGUAACUGCAUUUCACGUUGGCUUUGUACGUUUUGUAUUAAACUCACUCCUGGAACGACCGAGCGUUCGUAACCUGCCAUCGGCCCCUCCCGCCGGGGCAGGGCGGCAAGGGCGAGA